AUGUUUAGGAGAUCAACAAGGAUAAAAAAUCAGAAUCAAGAUGAAAAGGAAACGCGAGAGAUUAAGCAAGCUAAAGAACCAAAACGAAAUGCGAAGAACAAGAAGAUAAUUGAAGAAGAGGCAACAAGAAAGAGGAAGAACAUGAAUACAAAUGGAGAACAACAACGAAAGGUGAAACACAAAAAGAAAGUUGAGGAAGAACCAGAACAAUCAGAAUCAGAAUCCGAAGAAGGGAAAGAAGAAUCAGAUGAUCAAGAGUCGGAAGAAGAGGAAGAUAAAUCUGAAAAAGAAGCAGAAAAGGGCAAACCGAAGAAAGUCGUCAAAGGCGUGUCAAGGGCGAAAGAAAACAAAUUCAAAGCAGAACCACAACGAAAGGUGAAAAACAAGAAGGUAGUUGAGGAAGAAUCAGAAGAAUCGGAAUCAGAAUCGAUGAAGAAGAGCAAGAACAAUCAGAUGAAGAGAAUCAAGGAUCAGAAGAAGAGGAAGUAG